ACUUUGCUCUUUGCAAUGAAAACUGUUUACCAAAAAUUAUGCCCGCUGCUGCUGCUGCUGCUGCUGGGCCUGUGCCAGGUCAGAGGCCAAUAUGAGCAUUACCUGGACAGUCUGCGCUCCAACGAGCUCUACGAAUUUGUCGAGGACAGCGGCAGCAUACAAUAUCUGGCCAAGGGCAACAGCGAACAGGCGCUGCUGCAAUUGGAGCAGCCCAUCAAUUUCUAUGGCGAGAAAUACGAACAGAUCUUUAUCAACACGAAUGGCAUAUUGACAUUCAACGUGGAGUUCGCCGAGUACUUGAACCAGCCCUUUCCGCUCGAGUAUCCCUCGAUAGCGGCCUUCUACUCGAACGUGGACACCACCAACAGCGGCGAGGAUAGCUCCAUUUCGCUGUUUGAGACGCGCGAUCCCGACUCCCUGAACCGUGCCCAGCAGCUGGUGCGCUAUGCGUACAGCGAUUGGACGGACUUCGAGGCCAGGCAACUGAUUGUCGCCACCUGGCGCAACGUGGGCUACUUCAACUCCAAGACGGACAGGCUGAACACCUUCCAGGUGGCCCUCAUUGUUGGCGACUCGCAAACAUUCGUGCAGUUCAUCUACCCACAGGGCGGACUCAAUUGGCUGCAGGGCGAGGCCGGCGAGCUGGGAUUGCCCGACAUACGCGCCCAGGCGGGCUUCGUUGCCGAAGAUGGACGCUUUUACAAUCUGAAUGGUUCCGGCUCGGAGAAUGCACGUUUCCUCAGUGAGAGCACCAAUCUGGGCGUGGCCGGCGUUUGGCUUUACCAGGUGGCGCCACUGAAUCCCGGCGAGAAUGUGCUGGCGCCCAACAAUCUGGAGACACGCACCGAGUCCCCGGCACUGGCACAAAGCUGCAACGGCAAUGGACACCAGUGCGACAGCCAUGCCCAGUGCUAUGACAAGUCGGAGGGCUAUUGCUGCGUCUGCGAGCCCGGCUACUAUGGCAACGGACGCUCCUGUCUGGCCAAUGAUCUGCCCAUGCGCGUGACCGGCACACUGGCCGGCCAGUUAAAUGGCCAGGCCGUGGACGAGGAGGCUAAGCUGCAGUCCUAUGUGGUGACCACAGAUGCGCGCACCUACACGACCAUCAAUCCGGUGAGCGCCGAGCAGGCGGCACAGCUGCGUCUGGUCCUGCCGCUGCUGACCACCGUCGGCUGGCUGUUCGCCAAGUCGAUCAACGGGGCGGCCAAUGGCUACGAGCUAACCGGUGGCAACUACGAGCACAUCUCGCGCAUCCAGUACGAGACGGGCGAGCUGCUGCUAGUUAACCAGACCUUCGAGGGAUUGAACUACUGGGAUCAGCUGUCCGUCAAGAUCGAACUGUCGGGCGCAGUGCCGCGCGUAUCGCCUAGCGCCACGUUGCAUCUGUCGGACUAUACGGAGGAGUAUCGCUUUGUGCGACCCGGCGAGCUGCAGUCUCUGCAGUCCCACCAGCUGGAGCUGGUCGAGGAGCAGCGCGUAAUUGGCUUCCAGGUGGAUCAGCGCAUUGUCUACCAGAGCUGCCUGCGCGACGACGAUGCAGAUCCCACGGACCGCAGUGUCCUGCAGAAGGUCUCCAAGAUCGCUCUCGAUUUCUUUGAGCGGGAUCAGGCGCUGCGCACCAGCGCUGUCAGCAAGAUCGGUGUCGAUGCCGAGUCCAAUGCCUGCACCGACGGCAGCGUCCAGUGCGGCGACAAUGCCGUCUGUGUGCCCUACGAGGAUACCUAUCGCUGCGACUGCCGACAUGGCUAUGCCGCCCAGCUGGACGAGCGCGGCGCCGAGCUCUGCAUCGACUUGGACGAGUGCGCCCUGGGCACCCAUGUCUGCGAUGAGAAUGCGCUCUGCUCCAACAACGAUGGCGGCUUCAGCUGUGUCUGCCUCGAGGGCUACGAGGGCAAUGGCUAUCGCUGUCUGCGCAACAAUUCGGCCGACAAUAUCGAGUACUCCACUCCCUCGGAGCCACCAGUUGACAGCUCCCAGGGCUAUCCCACGGAGGAGGAUCAGCAGCAGCAGCAGCCACGACCACAGGAGCCCAACCACGAGCAGUCGGGCGAACAUGUCGACUAUCCACCAAACCAGGGCAACGGACAGCAUUUGGAUGAGUGCUAUAGCUGCUCGCCGGACGCGGACUGUUACGAGGGACGUUGCGGCUGUCGCGAGGGCUUCACCGGAGAUGGUUAUAGCUGUGUGAAUAUCUGUGGCCACGAUGAGGUGUUUGAGCAUGGACGCUGUGUGCCCAUAUUGCUGGACGAGCACGAGGUGGAGCCCCGCUGCAAUAUACUGGGCGACUGCACCUGCCCCGAGGGCUAUGAGCUGAGCGAGGAGAGUCGCACUUGCCGCUAUGCGGGCGGCUACGAUGUGGAUAAUAGCGAGGAUCUGUUGCCCUGCGAUGUGGACUCCAAUUGCCAUAUAAAUGCCCGCUGCUCCUGGUGGGAGCAUCAGCUGCGUCACAUUUGCACCUGCAACGAGGGCUACAGCGGCGACGGCUACAACUGCGAUCCUAUCGAGGAGUCCUGUGCAAUUGUAAGGCACAUCAUGUCUCUGCCAAGAGUAUAUACAAUUUAAACUGUGCUUCGUUUCCAGAAACCAGACAUCUGCGACACGCAUGCCACCUGCAGCUACAGCGAUCAGCUGGGCAAAUCCGAAUGCGUCUGCGAGCGCGGCUACACGGGCGAUGGACAUCGCUGCCAACUGGCGCCCGAGUGCGACGGCGCCGAGCAGUGCGGCGAGAACGCCCACUGUGAUGGCGGCGUCUGUCAGUGCAACGACGCCUACGAGCGGGACGUGAGCGACCGUUGUGUGCCCACCGGGCGCUGCGGCAGCGUCUAUUGCGGCUCCAAUGCCAUCUGCAAGUGGGAUGAGGCGCUGGGCGUGCAGUUCUGUGAUUGCAUCGAUGGCUAUCAGGGCGACGCGUUGGCCGGCUGUCUCAGCAUACCCAUACCCUGUAAUCUGCGCAACAAUUGCGGCAUUCACGCUACCUGUGAGCCCACCGAGGAUCCUGCGAACUAUACGUGCCAGUGCAUCGCUGGCUAUCGCGGCGAUGGCUACGUCUGCAUCGAGGAGCAGAACUGCCUCAACAAUCCCACCCUCUGCGAUAUGAAUGCCAAAUGCCACUCGACCAACUCGGGUCUGGUCUGCGUCUGCAAUCCAGGUUUCUAUGGCAAUGGUUCCGUUUGCUUUGAGCGUCAACAACACGACUCGAACUUCCUGAUUGUCAGCCAGGGCGUGGUCAUAGUGCGUGUGCCGCUGAAUGGACGCGAUGUGCAGCCCAUUAAAGUGGCUUCGAUGGCCAUUGGCCUGGACAAGGACUGCGUGGAGGGACGCGUCUACUGGGGCGACAUUUCCGCCAAGAAGAUCAUCAGCGCCAAAUACGACGGCACAGAUGAGCGCAUCUUUAUAAGCACAGACAUUGAAUCACCCGAGGGCAUUGCCAUUGAUGUUAUCUCGCGCCGGCUCUACUGGACGGACUCGGUGAAGGACACCAUUGAGGUGGCCAGUCUGGAUGAUCCCACGCUACGCGCUGUCAUCAUAAACAAGCAGCUGGUGAAUCCACGUGGCAUUGCCGUGGAUCCCUACAGAGAGAAACUUUAUUGGUCCGACUGGGAUCGCUCGAACCCAAAGAUAGAGUACUCCGAUCUGGAUGGCACUGGCCGGGAGCUGUUGCUGGGCGCCGAUGCCGUCAAGCUGCCCAACUCGCUGGUGGUGCUCGAGCACAGCGGUGAGCUCUGCUAUGCGGACGCGGGCACCAAGAAGGUGGAGUGCAUCAGUGCACAGAGCCGCCAGAUACGCACCAUAUCCCAGGAACUCUCCUAUCCCUUCGGGCUGACCUUUACGCAGGAUCAAUUUUACUGGACCGACUGGACAACCAAGAAACUGGAGAGCGUGGACAGCGCGGGCGUACGCCAGAAGCCCAUACAGACGCCCUUCUUUGGCAGCCAUAAGAUGUACGGCAUGACCGCCGUCGAGCAGAACUGCCCGCAGUACCAGAGUCAGUGCCAGAUCAAUAAUGGCGGCUGCACCGAUGCACGCCUCUGCCUGGUCAACCGGAAGGCACCCUCCGGCAAGAGCUGCAAGUGCACCAGCGCCUCCGCUAGCUGCACCGUGGCCACGCCCUACGCCUUUGCAACGCCACGCAAAUGAAGCCCAAGUCUGGGACUAAAAUUAAAUUAAUUGAAAAUCAAACAAAAAAAAAAAAACUAUAAAAUUAAAGGAAAUACUAUUUUUGUAUACGCAUAACAAAGAAAUAUAACUAAGAACAGGAAUCCAGAACCAAAGCAAAAAGAAACAUAAUAAUUCAUAAUACAAAUCCAACUAAUGUGUGCCAUCUUUUGUAAAGCUA